AAAGAAACAAUUUCUAGAUAAGAAUUAGCCUAACAGAAGAAUGUUUCUGAAAUAAGUUUAAUAACACCAGGGAAAUAAUUAUGUUCUUUCCGUAGGAUACAUUUCAAUCUCCCAGUCAAAAAUAACAAAUUGCUGUAUCUCCGUGACCUUUCACUCAAAGCUGUACAUGGUAAGAUAAUGAAGAAGGAUGUUUUCGUUCAGAAUCAUUUAUCACCGUUCAAACAAAAAAUAAUUCAUUUUAACAACCUAUUUCAUACCGUAGCCGCGGGUUCGUUGCAAUUUAUUUUGAUACGGAAGCCGCAAAUUCGUAGCAAUUUAUUUAACUACCGAAGCUGCAGAUUCGUGUCCAGGUACUUUAAAAUCAAGACUUGGCCUCUUAGAUAUGAUGAGUUUAAUUGCAAAAUCGAAAACUCGAGAUGUGAAUUUGUUACAUUCCUCGGCAUUUAAGGAAUCGAAUCUGUUCAUGUUUAAACAUUUGACGAUAAGACGAAAACUUCUAAAUACUGGUUGAUUACACAUUUGUGCUCGAGUCAACCAGGGUGUGACCAGAGAAUGUGCUUUGAGAAGAGAAAUUCCCUGUUUAUUAAAAAGCGAUAUCUUUGUUCACCGCAGUGUGAUAAAUAGGGAUAAAAGAUGCUAUAUGCUAUUUUAAUGUUUAAAAUGUCAUAGUUUAGUUUCAGAUGGUUUUCCAUUGUGGACAAAUGCUAAAUAAAAUGUUCACACUUAAUAAUAGUCGAAACUUGUUUUUUCUUACAUUGUGGAUAUUAAGUAUCCUCUUAAAAGUUGAUGGAACAGUAUGGAAUGAUAUAACCGCCUGCUAUGGAGCCGACGAUGAUUGCUCAAGAUACCAAAUGCAGUGUCCUGCUGGAACUUCCAUAAUUUUAGGAAAACUGAUGUACGGAACGAAAUGGUUACAGAAUUGUCAAUAUGGAAUAAGUAAUUGCAAAGAGAAAGAUAAGGUCACUGCUUGCUGCGGUUAUAAUUCUAGCGAUACGUUUACUCCAUUUAGCCAGCGAAAUAUGUCUGCAAUAUUUGAGAAUUGUGAAGGAAAAGUGUCUUGUGAAGGAUGGGCGCCAAGACUUGCUAAAACACCGUAUUCGUCAUAUGUGUGGAUGCAAUAUGCUUGCGUUAAUGACAAUAAUAGAACAGAUAUGUGCCAAAACAAAACCAUCUCUGGCACCGAUUUGUUUAUUCGAUUCAACAUGUCAAGUAGCAACCUACAAAUCAGCGCAAACACCCAAAAGGACUGUAGCUGUCAAAUAUUAACACCGGGCUGCAAUGUUGCGAUGUUUACCACACUAGUAGAUCUGGAUUUUAAUCUGCCCAAGCUGGAUACGGCAACAGCAGGAUGUUCGACGUCAUCGCUUGAAUUUGUUAAACAAAAUAAGACUUACCAAUGCCAGAAUACCGAGCUGUUUAAAAAAGGACAUACAUUUGAAAGAAUGACUGAAAUAAACCUACAUGCUACGAACGAAACUGUUUCAAUGAAGAACAUAAUUGCUGCUAAUGACCUGAAUGGUCCAAAUUAUAUUGUUCUUUAUUUCAAAACAUUCCCUCAACAACCUCUUCUUGUAAAAUGUUUUGCGCCCGGAGUUGAGAUGUCUAUUUCAAAAUUGGAGUGUCCAAUAACAAAAGUGACCACCAAGUCAACAUCUGCACAGCAGAUUACAACCAAAUCUUCAUCCAGUAAACUUACAAGUUCAUUUAAAGCAAGUCAUCAUCGUACCACACCCAGUGUUUCCAUGACUACAUCUCCAUUCCAGUCAUCAAUGUCAUUAAAUUCAGUGUCAUCGCAUUCUGUAACAAAGAAUGCAAGCUCGUCAUUUCAAACACAUACGUCAAAUACACCAACGACACUAGAAAGUGUCAUAUCUUUAACCACGUUACGAAGUUUACCAACAUUAUCUUCAAAAAAUGUAUCCCGUCCAUCUACAGAGCAAUUGACAAAACAAUCAGCAACGGAUUUUCCGUCCAGUUACCGUCCAAAUUUGACACCUAGUGUCACCCGUUCAAGAAGUUAUCAACCAUCAGUUAGUCCAUCGGUACAUUCCGAUUCAGUUCCUACAUCAUCUUCCACGAUUUUUGCUUCAGUCAAUUCUGAAUCAUCCUCUACAAACGGUAUUGCAUUAAGAUCUACUGAUACAAAUUCAGGACUUCACUCAGUGUCUGUCGAUGUAACAUCGUCUCCUACACACACAACGACAUCAACUCAAACCACAAUCGUUCCAGUUUUAAAUACAACGUCCAGUAAAAUGUAUGCCUCGUCAGAGUCAACCAAUAAAACCAUAUCAACAGAUGUUGAAACAACUAAUUUAGUGGAUCAAAAUUCUAAAAACAGUUUGGACAUUUCUUCAAUAAAUACAGAAAUCACAACUCAUUCGUCGGCGGUGACAACUAGAAAAACCAAAGAUGACGAUGGAAAUAACAACAAUGGAUUGAUAAUUGGUAUAACAGUCGGUAUGGUAAUUUUGUUGAUGAUAAUUGUUGCAAUUAUAACCGUGUUGUUAUGUUUAAGGAUAAAACGGAAAGAAAAAGUACGUAGAAAUUACAUCAGAAAUACAAAUAUAUUUUACUCUUUUCCUGAAGAUUACGGCGAAGCCGGAAAUACAGUGUCUGAUUCUUCACCGGAAAUGGAUAGAGGGGAACCAUCAUUUUCAACAAUUCCAAGAAGUCAAAUUUAUGAUGGUGCUGGGAACACUUCACCUUCAUUGACAAAGAAAAACAUUAGCAGCCCAGUUUACUUUGAUCAGUAUAAAAUUAAAUCAUUAUCUGCAGACGACAAUGACGACUACGAAAAAGACACGCUUCCGUAUUCUAGAAUGCCUAGUGACAGUACUUACACAGGUGAAACAAGUAACGAGACAAUUGAUUUUGUGAAUGGAAUAGAAAAUGCUGACUCUUUACAGGUAGAUUCUAAUUCAAAUAUUCAAAAUGGUGGUAAAACCGUGACCUUUGACCCAAGCAUACUUUAUGCAAAAGUAAGGAACGAGGGAAAGACAAAAUUUUAAAAAUGUGUUUCUUUUACAACUUGUUCAUUUUGUUUUGUUUUUGAUAUAUUUGAUACAAAUAAACUAGAUUGUGUGUCUUUUUAUAUAAAUUCCUUUUUUAUAACAAAAGAGAACGUAUAA